AUGCUCAAACAAGCCCAGCCCUGGGCUGCAGUUAAGCAGUGUUGGAUUAUCCUUGGAGCCAUUGCCCAGGCAAUGGGUGCAGGGGUGAAGGUGUCCGGGGUGACCCUAGCUCUGUGCUGCUUGCAUCUAGGUGUCACUGCUGCUGUCAAAGAUGGUCUGGAAGAGGUCAUUUUGGGAAUGGCGGACGAGGAGUGGAGCAGUGCCUUCAUGGACUUGGUAGCGGGUCAAACCUACGAGAAACUGAAGAUCGAGCUGAAAAGAGACCCCGUACUGACAUUCAGGUGGUGUCAAGCAAACGGACUAGUUGCGGACACCUGCCCCGAAUGCAAACUCACCCUGGAUGUCGGAGACUCCACAAAAGCUGGUCAACAGAUCAGAUGCAUGCAAUGUCAUAAACCUGUGGCUGCUUUGCAAGGAACCUGGUUCCACAAUAUCGACAUUGAUCCUUGGAAAGCCAUCUGCGUAAUGUAUCAUUGGGCUGUGGGGAAUAGUCACCGCGGAGCAGCGCAUCAGUUGGCCAUGGACGAGGACACUAUCAAACACUGGUACCGAAGAUGUCAAGAGGCAGCAGAAUUCAACCUGCGAUUGUGCACGAAUGCCACAACGGACGAAGAACAAGAAGAAACUUCUCACGGGAAACGUCUCCGACCGUUGGCCAGAAACCACUACGAAGAUGACCACAUCGCUUGCUACUGUCCGAAAUACCGAAUUGGCGGGAAAGGGCGCAUCGUGGAAGUAGAUGUUCUCGAACGUGGCCAUUUGUUGCAAGAGAAGUGCGUUCUUGCUGGCAUAGAGCGUGGGGGUUGGAGGGCAUUUGCUAUUCCAGUGCCUGAUACUGGAGACUCCAAGGCCUUGAAGGCUGUAUUGAGUGCAAAAUUGUUCCCUGGGACAAUCGUGAGGGAUGUAGAAAAGGUUGCUGUACCUGCAAGAGAGCUGAAGCAUGUGAGGGCUUUUUUAAGAGACAUGGUGGAGAAUAUGAAGCAACCUGCUACUGAGGACAUGAUCCCUGUUUAUUCUUCCCAAUGGAUGUGGAGGAAAGUGAAUGAAUCGUACAGAGGAGAUGUUUUCACACAAAUGGUGGAACAUGUGAGCAAAGCUUUUCCCUUCACCCCUGACGGGAAAUUCCCAGAGAAACCACAUGACGCAAUAUUUUUCAAGGAUCCAUUCCAAGAAGAAGCUCAAAAAGAAGAAGUCUGCACACAACUCAUCCUCCUUCCAAACAAGCCUCCUGUAGUCCAGAAAUUUCUCAUUGACAAAUCAGUUGCUGAAAAGAAACCCGAGAAGCCUGCUCCAGCGCCCAAGAAGCCAAGCAAGAUUCCUCCAAGAAAGCCAACAAAAAGACCUGCGAGGCGCAGGAGUUUCAUCAGAGUUGCUCCAAGGCCUCAGCUGGUUCGCACUCCACCACCAGGCGUUGGUUCUCCAAGGGCUUAUUCUGCUUAUUAAACUGAAAAUUGACUGAAAAUUGUGUUCACAUUGAGAAAUUAAAACAUUUCCAUGGAA